ACGCAUAUGCUUUUUAAGGUCAAGUAUUACACUGAAGUCAUGGCUUCAGUUUGCCGAUGAACAUGCUGCAUGGUAUGUGACAAGUGAUUUGAUAAAUGGCAGAGUUGGUCUGCCUAAACCAGUACAAGUUCCUACCUCAAAUGUGAAAAGCAACAUUUCAAGUGCUAUAUUUCAAACUCAGGGAUUAGUUUGUUUUUUCAAUGUAUUGGACAAAACAAUUGAUUUGAAAAUACGGGUUCUCCAUCUUAUCCAGCAGAGUCUAUGGAUAUCGAGUCAGAUAAUUCCGAUACGGGUCCACUGAAACGUAAGAGACGCGAUGAUGACCAAAGUUCAAACGAUUCAUCAAAUAUUGGCAUACCAACAUGUAUUGUCACUCCUACCUCAAACGGAAAGAGCGAUGAUGAAGACGAGGCAAGAUUUAUUCCUAGCAGAAAACGGAGGGAAUUUAUCCCAGAAACUAAUAAGGAUCAAUGUUACUGGGAAAAAAGACGCAAAAACAAUGAAGCAGCAAGAAGAUCUCGAGAGAAAAGACGCAUACAAGAUGUUGUCUUAGAAAAUCGCAUUAUAGAGCUUAGUCGCGAUAACCUUGGGUUAAGAAACGAGUUGUACGCCAUCAAGAAAAAGUUCGGAAUACCCCUUAACGAAACAUUUCAACUGGAUGAAAAUGAGAAAGAUAGUCAUUCCGAGAAGGCUAGAUUGUAUUCUUUAAAUUCUCCGAUGGCACCACAAAUGCCAGGAUAUAUGAAUUCCCAAAUAACGAACUCACGCUGUGCACCAGUAAUGCCUUUAUCAUCUCAGUUAUCUGUUAGACUGCCUCCAGUUCAAGAUAGUUAUCCUCCAAAAACAUUACCAUAUUUAUUUGCUCCUACCUCUGAUCAGUAUGUGACCAAUUCGACAGCAUCUACAAAUUCAUCAAUUAAUUCCAGAUCUGACAAAGACAUUUCUGAAUACAGUCCCAAACAAGCAGCGUACAAUCACUCGGAACUUAAUGAAGAAAUCAUGCGCAAGCAGAUGAAAAUGAAUUAUGAACAUAUCAUGGCAAACAAAAAUUCAGAAUAUGAAUCGGAUGUUCGCCACACAGCUGAAAAAAAUGAAUCCAUGUUCCGAUAUCAUGACUCAGGAAUCAGCCUGCCUCCUCAGGAAAAGCCAUCUCAUUCAUUUUCAACAAAUCCUACCUCAUCGCAAAUGUCUAUGGCAGCCUACUGUCAGUCUCGUGAUAGAUCAAAUAGUUUAACUUCUCGCACAUCAGGGCUGCAACACGAAGACCUUUCAGACGACUUCUCUCAGGAUCAACCAUUAUCUCUCACUGUUAGACGCCGAACUAACAGUUUCUCAGGAAAUGAUAGCUCAAAUUCCAUAUCAUCACCAGGAAGUCCAGUUUCCAACAGUCCCCCUGCCAUGGCAUUACCUCAUAAACUACGACACAAACUACCUACAGAUAAUAAAAACCCUUCUCCUUUCAAAGACUACGGAAGUAGUUACUAUCUCAGUGGUCUAACGCAGCUCUCCGAGAUCGCGCUAGCGCAGUCAAAUCCUCUACCUCUUGUAAAACGACCAUCUCAAGAAGACGAACGAAACGAUACAAAUUCUUCAGGGAGUGGAAAUAACAGUAAUUCCAGAGCUUUAAUUGAUCCAAGGUAUGUUGAAAGACGUAAGCGAAACAAUGAAGCAGCACGGAAAUGCAGGGAAAACAGAAAAACGCUCACCCAGCUGCGUGAGGUCAAGUCCAGUUAUCUUGAAAAUGAAAAUGGGAAACUUAGAGAAGAACUUGAUGUUUUACAGGACGAAAUGAGACGGCUACGAGAUCUCGUUGAGAAAAAGAGGGGUAUUAGGUCCGAUCAUAAGGAUGAUAACAGCAGUCAGUCUAGUCCCGAAAGCGAGUCUCAACAGGGAAUAUAAGAAAUCGUGAACAGAAAUUGAAUAAUGCUGAACGCCAAGAAAAACGGUAACCAGAGAGUUUACAGGUAUAUCAACAUUCAUUGUGUAGAAUAAUAUUUUUCGAGGUAUCAAAGCAACUUGUUUGCAUCAUUUAUCUCGACAAUUUUGUGCAUCCCUAUAAACGUAUUUAACUGAACUAUAUCCAUGUGUACAUAAGCAUAUACUAUAUUUAGACCUUGUGAAUUUUAUUUCUAUCUUCAGAUUAGAUUUUUUCUUCAUUGUUUCUUUAUUCCGUUUUGUAUACAAUAUUCGGAGAAUGACUUGGUUCUGAUGUUGAUCGGGUUUUAACUUUACGGGUGUAGAAGUUCAAGAAGAUAUUCAUAUAUCACUGUUUGAUAUUUGCGUUAUAUAUAGAGAGGCGGAGUAUAUAUAUAUAAUUUUUUUUAUCUGUAAUGUUGUUUUUUUUAUUAAACAAAUUAUUUAUUCUUUUUAUGACGGGUGAAAUCAGGGAAAUAUUAAAUAUGUUUAUUACAAUUCAAAUGAUUAUAGUUUGAAUGUAACAUGGAAACAAGUCUUUAAGGUUUUUGUGAACCACUGGAAUUAAUGGGAAUUUAGAGGCCAAUAUCAUGAAUAUGUAGUGUCGUUGGACUUGACUAAAUUGGGAAGGGGUGGGCCAAAAAUAAUUUUCCACGCCGCUUUUGAUUCCGCUCGAAGCAAGGACGAAUUUUUGGUCUUUGGUUUUACAAUAAUAUAUCUAUAAUUUAUUUUCAGUGUGUUAUCAAAUAUGUCAUCAUAACAGAAAGGAAAGCGUUAUCUAUCCAUCAAAUUCAAAUUCCUUCAGAUCUUCACAAGACAUGAGUCUGUCAGAUAUGAAUAUUCAUAUUUAAGAUUUGGUCUUACAUAUUCUCUUUAGGGAUUCAAACGUGUUGCAUUUAAUGCAAAACUUAAAGCCUCUUACUGAAAUUCUUGUUAUUAAUAUUUAGAUAUAAAUCAUAGCCUAACCAAUCUUUAGCUACGAAGUUUCUUGUAUAGAAAUGGUAAUAUCAGAAUAAUUUUUAAAAUGAGUAAAAUGUCUAUUUUGGUGCAAAUAUAUCAAUUUUGACGUCUUCAUGACAUCAAAGUGACAUCACAGGCCAUUUAAUAUUUUCAUGAUUUGUAAAUAGUAAAUCUGUAACAUAUUUAAGUGGGCUGCUUUUAAGCCUAUUUUUAAAAACAGUUUUAGAAAAUAAACACCAAAGUUCAUUUGAUUAAUCAUAAGCGGCGAAAGAUAGUUGGAAAUGUGACAAGAAGAUUUAAUGCGUUCAUCUUAUCCUUGUUGACGAAUUGAAAAGGGAAGACAAUAGGUCAUUUAAUUGUUCCAUUUAGUGACCGUUAGAAUCCUUGGAGUUGUUAAGACUUAAUGAUAGAGACUUUAAUGUUUAAGCCUUUUUAUACGACCGCAAAAAAUUGUACGACAAUGUUUAAUACCACAAGUAGAAGGUUGGGAUUUGUUUUAGGGGUUUUGGGGCCAACAGUUUCGGAAUUAAGGGCCAAAAAGGGGCCAAAAACAAGCAUUUUUCUAGUUUCCAGACAAUAACUUGUGUGUAAGUGUAUGGAUCUCUCUGACAUUGUACCACAAGGUUCCAUAUCACAAAGGGAAGACAAGGAUUGAGUUUGGGGUUAAUUGCCCAAAUAUGUAGGAAUUAGGGGCCAAAAAAAGGGCCAAAAACAAGCAUUUUUCUAGUUUCCAGACAAUAACUUGUGUUUAAGUGUAUGGAUCUCUCUGAAAUUGUACUACAAGGUUCCAUACUACAAAGGAAAGGCUGGGAUAGAAUUUUGGGGUUAUUGCUCCAAGGGGGGUUUCAAAAAGUUGGGGGGGGAGGGGUUUCCAAUUUUUUUUAGAGGAUUCAUUUUUUUUCAAAUUUAGAAUUUUUGAAAAGUUUCAAGAAGAAAUCUUCAAUUGCACAUUAUUGCGCAAUAGAUUUGUAAGAUCUUUGACCACAUUUAUUUUGUGUCAGAAAUCUAUAUUGUCAAAAAUUUGAUCACAAUCCAAAUUCAGACAGUAUCAAGCUUGAAUAUUGUGUCCAAAUUUGUACCAACUGUUCAGGGUUCGACCUCUGCGGUCGUAUCAGGCUGCGCUCAGCGAAGCAUUUUAUUAAAUUAGGCCCGAUAUGAGGAGUAGGCAAAACACAGUUUUUAAUUCCUUCUUUUUGAGAAUAAUAUAUCCCAACAAUUUAGCCGCCUCAAAAUAAAAAUGCAAUCUUCAUAAUUUUUCAAGCUAAAUGGUAUUUAGAAAAUUCUUGGUUAUCAUAUUAUUUUCUUUUUUGCAUGUAUACUAAACGUGAAAAUUGUGCCAUAACUGUAGGUGAGACAUGCAAGAUAUUAUUGAAUAAAAUGCAAGGAUCAAAAGAAAUUGAUAUAAACAAGAAAGUAUAUCCGAUUCGUCCCAUCUUCAAAUCGUUUGUAAACAAAGUUUCCUUCAAAUUGAACACGGAAGAUUUGUAAGAUCAAAUAAUAGUACAAAUGUAUAACCUAAGGGUAAUUCCAGAAAUAACAAAAUUCAAUGAACUUUUCUGCCAAUAGUACAGGUCGUAUGUUAUGGGAGUUCAUAAGGAAGGUUUGCGGGGCCCAACUUGAAAGGUAUUGAAUAUUGUUACCUGGAAAGUUCUGCUACGGAGACAUUUAGAAAAAGGGAUAACUCUCGAGAAGAAUCGAUGUUGGUCUUGCGUAUGAAUAAAAGGUUAUGUGAGAUAAUGAGACAACAACCGAAUAACAAAAGCAUAAAGAGAAAUUGUCAUAUAGUUAUAGACAAAACAUGUCAUUUAUGGAUUCUAUAUCUAAACUAAUAUAUUUUUUGACAUACAUAAAAUGUUGGCAUAUCUGGUUGUAAUUGAUUAUGAUCUGCAUAUCUGAAAUUCAGAGGAUCAUUCUGAUAGCAUUCUUCAUCGUUUCCCUUAUUCUUGUAUGUCUCACUUAAAAUUGUAUGUAAUUUAUUUGAAUUUUUACAUAUGUAGUGUAUAUGUAUUUAAUGUGAGUAUGUGUUUUGUGAGUCAAAGUUUUGUUAAAGGUAAAAAAACGAACUUUAAUGUUGUUUUUAUUUACAUAUUUUGUACUAGUGCUAAAUUGUCUUAAUGUGAUUAUCAUUUUCAUUCAUGAAACGGAAAAACUUAUAAAUAUCAAGUAUUUCUUUACUGCUGAAUAAUUUGGAAAAAUUCCUUGAACAGAAAAAAUUUCAAAGUUAUUUAGUUUUUGGCUAGUUACAUAUUUAAUUUGAUUUAAUAAUCAAACUGGCAUUUGACUGCUUUUUUAAAAAUGGCCUUAAAUCUCCUUGAUUUAAAAUAUUUCAAUGUUUUAUAAAUGAAUCUUGUUUGAUCAUGAGUUGGAAUAUUUUUGUUUUGAGCAAAUAUGUUUUAUUUUAUUCAGACAUAUAUAUUUGUCAUUGAAAUUUCAUGUGCCAUAUGUUCUGACGUUGCCAUAUAUAUAUAAACAUUAUUUAUUUUUAUACAAAUGUCGUGAAAAAGACCUAUAGUAAAAAUGGUAUGAAAUUGACUCAUAUAUACAUUUAUAAAUACUGGGCUUUGAUAAACUAAACUAAAUGGAAAUUUAUUUUCCUUAAUGCUACACAGAAACAAACAAUACAUGCUUAGUAGCAACUCGCAUAUUAAAGAUGAUUUUUGUAUAGCUUGUCAAUCACCUGACUGUUGCUGAUUAUCUUUUAUAAUUUAUCUUUUUAACAUGAAUUCUAUUUAUCUUUUGUAAAAAUUCAUGAGUAAUAUUUUCCUUUUUUGUUUCGUAUAUUGUAGAAUGAGAGUGUGUUAAGGUAUUUUGGUGAUUUUGUAUAUUUAGUAUGAUUGCAAAAUGACUUGGCAUUAUAAUAUGUCUUCUUGCAUGUAUUAAUAUUCUCGCUUUUGUUUGACUGAAACUUUGAUCAUAUUAAUGGUAUAUAUCAGAUAAAUGUGAUUACCGAGGUUUUGCUUUUUUUUCAUUCGAGAAUGGCUGACCCUGGUUUCAAAACUUCAAUUUCUGAGUUUUCUUGUGUAUUUUUUUCUCUAUUCAGUUAUUUUUGUUCAAAUUGAAAGAAUCGGUGACGUUCAUCUUUUAUGAAGAGUUUUAGUGCCAUCUUUUCAGAAAAAUGGGAAGUGAAAGCUGUUUCUAAAAAAAUAAAUCAAAUAUAAGAAUGGCAACAGAAGUUUUUUUGUUAAAUUUCAAUACAAUAUUAAUCUUAAUGUAUCGGGAUUUAAAUUUUUAAACAAUAUUAUCUUCUUUCCAUACUGUUAAACGUAUUGUGUGUUGUUUGUUGUUUAGACUACGAUGCAAGUCUGCAGGCAAGACACAGGUAUGUUAAUCUGGCGUUGGCGACAGCUAAAUUUAGUUGAACAAAGUUGUAUACUCCAGAAGAAACAAGAUCCAACGAAGGUCUGGCGUUUCUGUGGGGACACUUGGUAUUGACUUGGUGAUUUAUUUAAAUGUUGACUAUCUGGAGUAGUUCUUUUGCAAAGUAAAAGAUAAACUGAUUUGUUGUAAGAGAUAUGCACGCCCGACUGACUGACUCAGUUGCUCAUGGCACAAGUUUUGGUCACUUGUGGUCUAUAAGAUUGUUUUUUUUAUUUUUUUAAGGUCAAUUAUUCUCAUUAAGUUUAUGAAAGUAACAUAGUACAUAAGAAAGAGUUCAUUUCAACUAUAUGUGAUCGAAAGAUUCGUUGCUUCUCAAUACUAUCAGUUAUUGGAUAUCAAUGUAUAUAGGCUCCAGUGUUAUUACAAGAGUGUGUGACUAUAUGGCAGGGGAUACCAUACCUUUACCUUAUUUUCCUGAUUCAUUUAUUUACUCACAGUUCUCAUCUUAAGGUCAGUUUUAAGUUAAUAGAAGUGAAAGGACAACUACAUGUUGUUUAUGACACCACAAUAAGAUAAAAACGAGAUCCCAAUUAAAGAAAAAUAAGUUUUAACCUCAUUUUCUUGGUUAAGUGGUUUUCUUUAAUCAACUGUCUGUUGUCAAAUUGCAAUGUAACCAUGUAAGUUUGAUUUUUGUGACACGUUUGAUGUAAUAUUCGGUUGUAGCCAGGCGAGACAUUUCUUGAUGUCCACUUUUGUCCAAUAUGUAUAUUAUUAUACAACAAAUUCAGGAACAAACUUGAAGGAAAUUAAAAAAGCUUAAUUAAGGUUCUAAUACAUAAAUGUUCUUGCCAAAGUCACUUUUUAAUAUAAAGAAGAAAUGCAAUGAGUUAUGAAUUACCGGUAUCUCCCAUAUAAGAUUAAAAAAAAGAUAGAUAUAUAUUUCAGGUUUAUUAUAAUUUUCAAAUGGUCCAUAAUAAUGUGGCCAUAAAACAAAUGGGUCAGUCGCCGUAUUUUUUCAGAUAUGUACCUCCAUUUAUUUUGCCUAACUAUUUCAGUCAAUCGUUUAGUUUUUUUUAAUAUACCUGUACUGAAAAAAGCUUUUAUUAGCAUUAUGAUAAUAUAAAACAUCAUUGCAUGCAAGGUAUUAGGCGAUAUAUGAAAAAUGGUUUGUUUAAAAUGACAAGAGAAUCUGUAAGAAUAAAAAGGGACAUAUACAAAUUACGCUUAUGUUGUAUGACGAGUGUACAAAUGCAUUAUGGGUAAAGUAGCAUUAUUUCAACAGAAAAGGACGUGACCGUAUAUUACCUUCAAACAAACAUAUUUUCGAAAGAUUUUUUCUUUUUGUUUUUAAUUUGCUGCCAGAAAAGUUUAUCUACUACCUCUUGUUUGUAUAUAUUCUAAUAUUAAGUUUAGAUCAGGAAUCUUGAAUAUGUUGUUUAAAUCUUUCUGAAACUACCUCAAUUUGUGGACGAAUAAAUCAGUGCUGUGCUUACAUGUGUCAUAUGAAAUAAAGCUAAAAAAUA